AUGGACUCCAUCGCAAAUACCGUUCAGAUUCCUGUAAUUGACAUUAGCGAUGCCAACGCCGAUGCGCCCCAACAACUGCUUGACGCCGCCGUCCAUUACGGGUUCGUGUUUGUGGCGAACAAUGAAGCCGGCAUCUCACCCGAUUUAAUCAAGAAGCUUUUCCAAAUAUCUCAAGAAUUUUUCGCGUUGCCUCGAGAAGUGAAGGAAGCCGUAUCGAUCAAUUCGAAUAAAGCGGGCAAAAAUCAUGGCUGGCUGUCUCAGGGAGUUGAGAAAUUGGAUCCUCAGGGUCAGAAACGUCCUGAUGUGAAAGAAGCCUUCAACCUCUCCCUCCCUACCCCCAACGGCACCUUCGACCAACCCCUUCCCCAACUCUUUCAAACCCACAUUUCCGACCUCAUCACCUUCGAAACCGCUUGUUACCAUUUUUGUCAAAGACUCCUCACACACUUCGCCACCGCCCUCGAAAUCCCCUCGGACUGGUUCACCUCUCGCCACGAUAUUUCUUCGGGAAAGCCUGCAGGAAGUGUGUUUCGUUUAUUGUAUUAUCCUCAACGACGACGAAGAUCGACAACAAAACCAACAACGACAAUGGAGCUCACGAACGAUGAUGAUGAUGUUGAUGACGAAGAAGGAGAUGAAGAAGAUAUCCGAGCAGGCGCACACAGCGACUACGGCUCCCUCACCUGUCUCUUCCAACAACCCGGCGGUCCACCCGGUUUAGAAAUCAAAUCUCCCGACGAUAAUGGCGAAUGGGCCGCUGUACCCGUGAACCCUCUCAUGAACCACGACAAUAACAACAAUGUUGAAAAUUCCAAUUCCUCCCCCCUCCCAAUCCUCGUCAACAUUGGAGAUUUACUCGAAGAUUGGACAGGAGGACUCCUCAAAUCGACGGUUCAUCGGGUUGUAUUUCCUCAUAAUAACACGAAGAAGAAUGAGAAGAAGAAGAAAGAAAGCGAUAGAUAUUCCCUGGCAUAUUUCUGUCAUCCAUUAGAUGAAGUCUUGUUGGAACCCGUGCCUAGUCGUAAAAUCCCCGUGGAGGGAGGGAUGAACAAGAAGAAGAAGAAGAAGACGGUUGGUGGACAAGAGGAAACGAUGACGGCGCGAGAUCAUUUGAUGGAGAGGUUGGCUGCGACUUAUAAAGUUUGAUUUUUUCUUGAGGAGGAAGUAGGUUGGAAUUGAUAGGCUGGUAGCGAGAAGGAUAAAGGUAUGUAAGG